AAGACUUAUGGUGUCACGGGUCCAAUCUCUAUAAAUGGUCCUACUCGUGCUGAAGAACUUUCUACAACUGCACUUAUGGAUGAACUUAAAGAACGUCGUACAUUUGAAUCUCCAGAAGAAGCAAGGGCACGUGAACUUGUCUUAGGUAGACUUAACUUGCUUGUCAAAGAAUUCGUGAUUAAGGUUUCACUCGCUCUUGGAAUGUCAGAUCACGUAGCACGCGAAACUGGUGGCAAGAUCUUUACUUUUGGUUCAUAUCGGUUAGGUGUUCAUGGACCAGGAUCAGAUAUUGAUACACUUUGUGUAGUACCACGUCAAGUCACACGAGAGCAUUUCUUUGAAAUCUUACCACAGAUGUUAAAAGAACGACCAGAAGUCACCGAACUUUCAACCGUACCCGAAGCCUUUGUACCGAUCAUCUCAUUAAAAUUCUCAGGCAUCGAAGUCGAUCUAUUAUUCGCAAGAUUAGCCUUACCAAGUGUACCUGAUGAUCUUGAAUUGAAAGAUGAUGCAUUAUUGAAAAAUUUAGACGAUCGAUGUGUUCGUAGUUUAGGAGGAUCAAGAGUAACAGAUGAAAUCUUACGACUCGUACCUGAUGUAGAAGUCUUUCGACACUCUUUGAGAGCCAUCAAACUAUGGGCUAAGAAUCGAGCAGUCUACAGUAAUGUGAUGGGAUUCUGUGGUGGAGUAGCUUGGGCAAUGUGUACAGCAAGAGUUUGUCAAUUGUAUCCUAAUAAACCGGCAGCUACGAUCGUCAAUCGAUUCUUUGCGGUCCUCUCUCAAUGGAAUUGGCCUUCUCCUGUUUUACUCAAAGCAAUCGGAUCUGGUCCGAUUGGUGAUCAAAGAAGGGUUUGGAAUCCUAAGAUCUAUCCCCAAGAUCGUGGUCAUCGAAUGCCUAUUAUCACCCCUGCUUACCCUUGUAUGUGUAGUACUCAUAAUGUUACCAAAAGUACUGCUCAAGUUAUGAUGACUGAAUUCAAACGAGGUUUGGCUGUGACGGACGCAAUUGCCACUGGAUCCGCUCAAUGGUCCGCCUUGUUUGAAAAACACGAUUUCUUUACGCGCUAUCGGAAUUAUAUUCAAAUCACAGCUUCAUCACCAGAAGCAGAUGCACAUUUAAAAUGGGCUGGUACCGUUGAAUCAAGAUUAAGACUUUUGGUAUUGAAAGUUGAAGAAAUUGAAACCGUUGAUAUGGCUCAUCCGUUUAUUAAAGGUUUUAGUAAUACUACCUAUGCUUUGAAUCGUCAAGAGGUAAGCUUAGUCCAAGGUGGAGAUAUGCCAAAUGAGAUCGCAUCACGCAUACCGGAAGAUUAUGAGAAUAGAGCAGAUGUCGAAGUGGUCCAUACCUGUUCUUUCUUUGUUGGUCUCUUAGUACAUCCUAAACCAGUUGGACAUGUUGGACCACGUAAACUAGAUAUCACAUAUCCAGUAGGAGAAUUCACAAGAAUGGUAAAACAAUGGGAAGGGUACUCUGAAGACAAGAUGUCAAUCUCAGUUCGACAUAUCAAAAAGUCUGUUUAUCCAUCUUUUUUUCUUUUUGACUGGAUCUGGACUUUUAGGAAGUAUGAAAGGAAUGAUGACGACUUUUGA